AAAGAGCAGCAGAGGACUGUUCCCGCCACUGGUUUGAAAAGAGCCAUGUCGAUCCGCAGCAGAAUCUAGAGAGCCCAGCAACAGGAGCAGUGCUGACGGAGAUUCGCCAUUGCAUAACCUCCACUGGCCUGGGCUGCAACAAGGGCACACGGCGAGCACGUCUACCGAACAAAGCUCACGCACAAACGUACAAACAAUAACGCCAUUAUAAAAGAAACGACGUGCAAUCGACGUACAGUCAUACGAAUUAGCACAAAAUAAAUGUAUGUUUAUUACAAUGUUAAUACUCCGCUGCAAACUCAAAACCAAUAUACAACGGCAAAUUAUCAUAAAAAGAGACAAAUGAAGAAAUAAAACAAAGAAAUGCCCGCAUUUUGUAAUCCAAGAAACUAACGCGAGAGACGGCACCAUUUGAAACAAUCAAUACCGCCAACUUUCUCUGCAGAAAAGCAAACCAUCGCCAUAGUUGGCGAUACUUUUUGCACAAGGCGGUAAAAACGCGAAUGCAUAAAAAUCGUGCAACAAUGCAAAUCUACAUGCAUGAGAGAAGGGCAUUAAAAGGUCUGGGAACAAAGAUAAUCACUGCACAAGAUAAGACUGAGAUGAGCCACUUCGCCAAAUCAAAACAGACAGUAUGGCGAUUCAACACGACAACAAGCCAGAUGUGAGCUCACCGGCAGCAGAAACGUCAUCCUCCUCACGCCCAGAGACUGGCUGCGGUCGCACUGAGUCCAUUAUUACAGGCUGACAGCACAAUAGGAGAUAAGAGCUGUUUGAAUGGCUGGACUUGAACCUUGCUCUUUCAGAGUUUCACACAGGUGCAGUGCUCAGCUCACCUGCCAAUUCAGGAAAUGAAGGUCCCAGCCACACUACCGACCCCAAUAUGUACACAAAUAUGAUUGUUUUCUGGAAAACCUGGCCGUAUCUACUUAGUCCCUGUUUACUGCUGUGUACAACUGGAGCUGCCCAGAAUCAGUUCCAGCUGGAGCCUGCAAAUGUGACCAGGCUCCAAGGCUCUGAGGCCCAGUUCAACGCCACAGUGCAGGGGUCAUGGCCCUUCAUGACCUGGGAGUUGGGGAAGUAUCUGGUGCUCACGAUGAUGUCUACAGGCAACGCUACGACCUCAUCUCCUCGCUACUCUGCUCGGCUCUGUGGAAGUGGGAGCAGUUGUGUGCAGUUCACCAUACAGAACCUCACACGGCAGGACUCAGGGACAGUCAAGUGCACUGUACAGGGAGAUUAUGGAUACAAGACGUCGGAGCUGAUCGUCCAAGAGAGCGGCAGUGUCAGUAUCCGUGGAGGCUCCCAGACGGUGAAACAGGAUGAGCAGGCGGAGUUCCAGUGUGAGACCUCCGGAUGGUUUCCCGCGGCGACCAUCAGCUGGACUCUUAACGGUAUCGCGGUGAACAGCAGCCUGGUCAACACCACUGACGUCCCUGAUGGAGACAGCUUCAACACCACCAGCGUGCUCAAGUUUCAAGCCAUCCGCAACACGACCGUGACCUGUCUGGCUUCUGUUCCCACUCUUCAAAACCCAAUUUCAAGUUCGGUACAGCUGGUGGUUGUGCCAAAGCCAACUGACUGGACAGUGCUCAUUGCCGUCGUGGUUUCCUUUUCAAGUUUUGCACUGCUGGUUCUGUUGAUUAUUCUGAUCAUUUUCUGCUACAGAAGGAGGAAAGAGAAACAACCAACGUAUCAAGCUGAAAUGAUGAGACAGAGGACCCAGAGCCAGUUAAGCAACAGGCCGACCUCACAAGGACAAGGUCAAGUCAACCCAGUUUUCUCUAUUGACGGGCAAACAAGUUUACCUCCGAGCAGUCGUGACAGUGGGAUCUUCCAGAAUAAUGCAUACCCUUUUUAUGAGCCAUCUCCGUCAGAAAGCAACCUCGCAGGAAAUGGCUACAAUGCUGCCUUCAACAACCUUGAACUGGGCUUCCAGAAAAAGCACAGACACGUGACUAUUGUAUAAAGGAGCUGUGGAUACUGGUGGACCUUUUGAUUGUAUGUCGCUGCAGCGGUUAUGGAUUCAGCCGCUAGGGGGCAGUGUCUCCGUGAACUUGAACAGUGGCACUGAUUUUUUUUUUUUUAUAGAGAAACUGUUGACAUUAAAUUGUUGCUUUAACAUUGUACAAUAAACCAAGAGUCCAAUAUAUUUUGUAUGACAGUUUGUUUUACUAAUGUACAAUAAAUAUUUGUGUACAGCAUAUGUAUUAUUAAUGUAAAGGAUUAUGUGUUUAAUUUAAUAAGGUUUGUUUCUUUUUCAUAUGCAAUAUAUAUCUGUAUUGUGUAUUUUUUAACUAUGGACCAUAUGUGCCUUCUGUGUCCAGAAUAAAGAUGAAUAAUAACAAUAAUAUUCCAUCUUGUUAAUGUUACAAAAAGGCAGCACAGAUUAGGGGUGCACAAUUCAUAGCACUCGAAUCA